CAGAGCGGAACUAAUGUUCCUGUGUGUGUUUCCUGCCGGGCGAGGAUCGUGGUUGCACGCGGGAAGCCUGUGCGAGAUGGCGGUCGACACACAGACCGUUUAGGACUCGUUCAGAUCCGCCGUGUUGGUUAACUUUCUGCCUUAUCUUAACCCUGCUUCUAACCUGAACUAUGGAGGGGGGCAAACCGAGCCUGGCCCUGGUCUACCAGGCGGUCCAGGCCCUGUACCACGACCCGGACCCGGCCGGGAAGGAGCGAGCCUCGGUGUGGCUCGGAGAGCUCCAGAGAUCGAUGUAUGCGUGGGAGAUCUCAGACCAGCUGCUGCAGCUCAAACAGGACGUGGAGUCGUGUUAUUUUGCUGCUCAGACGAUGAAGAUGAAGAUCCAAACGUCGUUCUACGAGCUUCCACCUGAGACCCACAAUGCACUGCGAGACUCGCUGCUGACCCACAUCCAGAACCUCAAAGACCUGUCGCCCAUCAUCGUCACACAGCUGGCUUUAGCCAUCGCAGAUCUCGCUCUUCAGAUGGCCUCAUGGAAAGGAUGUGUUCACACGCUCAUAGAAAAGUACAACAAUGACAUCAGCUCGAUGCCCUUCCUCAUAGAGAUUCUCACUGUGCUGCCAGAGGAAGUUCACAGUCGAUCUCUACGAAUCGGAGCCAAUCGUAGGACAGAAAUCAUCGAGGAUCUGGCUUAUUACUCCAGCACUGUCGUCACGCUGCUGACGACGUGUGUGGAGAAGGCGGGUAACGAUGAGAAGAUGUUCAUCAAGGUGUUUCGCUGUUUGGGCAGCUGGUUCAACCUGGGAAUCCUCGACAGUAACUUCAUGGCCAGUAACCAGCUGCUCAUGGUCCUCUUCCAAGUCCUGCAGAGGGAUGAAACCUCGACCAACCUCCACGAGGCGGUGUCGGACUGCGUCUGCUCGGCUCUCUACGCCAUAGAAAACGUGGACACCAACAUGGCGUUAGCUCUGCAGCUCUUCCAGGGCGUCCUGACGCUGGAGACAGCCUAUCACAUGGCAGUGGCCCGAGAAGACCUCGACAAAGUGCUCAACUACUGCAGGAUCUUCACCGAACUCUGCGAGACAUUUUUAGAGACGACAGUCAGGACUCCAGGUCAGGGUAUGGGAGACCUGAGGACACUGGAGCUGCUGCUGAUCUGUGCAGGACACCCGCAGUACGAGGUUGUGGAGAUUUCCUUUAACUUCUGGUACCGUCUUGGAGAACAUCUGUAUAAAAUAAAUGAUGCAGCUCUUCACACCAUCUUCAGACCGUACAUUCAGAGACUUCUGCACUGUUUGGCCCGACACUGUCAGCUCGAUCCAGACCAUGAGGGAAUCCCAGAGGACACCGAUGAUUUUGGGGAGUUCAGGAUGAGGGUCUCUGACCUAGUUAAAGACGUAAUUUUUCUUGUUGGAUCCAUGGAGUGUUUCUCUCAGUUGUAUUCUACGUUAAAAGAAGGGAACCCUUCCUGGGAGGUGACGGAGGCCGUUCUCUUCAUCAUGGCUGCAAUCGCAAAAAGCGUUGAUCCAGAGAACAACCCGACGCUGUCGGAGGUUUUGCAGCAGGUGGUUUUACUUCCAGAAAGCGUCCAUAUGGCGGUUCGUUAUACGAGCAUCGAGCUGGUCGGAGAGAUGAGCGAGGUCGUGGACAGAAACCCAAGAUUCCUUGACCCAGUGUUAAACUACCUGAUGAAAGGUCUCAGAGAGAAACCUCUGGCGUCGGCAGCAGCGAAGGCGAUCCACAACAUCUGUUCAGUGUGCAGAGACCACAUGGCUCAACACUUCCAGGGUCUGCUGGACAUCGCUCGCUCCCUCGACUCCUUUGCCUUGUCAACUGAGGCAGCUGUAGGACUGCUCAAAGGUACAGCUCUGGUCCUGGCUCGUCUUCCUCUGGAGAAGAUUGCAGAGUGUCUCAGUGAUCUCUGUGCCGUUCAGGUCAUGGCUCUAAAAAAGCUUCUGGCUGAAGAAUCUACAAACGGUAAAUCUGCUGAUCCCACAGUCUGGCUCGACAGACUGGCUGUUAUCUUCAGGCACACAAACCCCAUCGUAGAGAACGGACAGACUCACCCCUGUCAGAAAGUCAUCCAGGAGAUCUGGCCGGUGCUGUCGGAGACUCUGAACACUCAUCAGGCUGAUAACAGGAUCGUGGAGCGAUGCUGUCGUUGUCUCAGGUUUGCUGUACGAUGUGUCGGGAAAGGCUCCGCCUCCCUCCUGCAGCCGCUCGUCACUCAGAUGGUGAGUGUGUACCAGGUGUAUCCACACUCCUGCUUCCUGUACCUGGGAAGCAUCCUGGUGGAUGAAUACGGCAUGGAGGACGGCUGCAGGCAGGGACUGCUCGACAUGUUACAGGCUCUGUGCAUGCCGACCUUCCAGCUGUUGGAGCAGCCGAAUGGUCUGAGGAAUCAUCCUGACACCGUGGACGACCUGUUCCGACUGGCCACCAGGUUUGUCCAGAGGAGUCCCGUCACUUUACUCAGCAGCAGCAUCAUCGUUCACAUCAUCCAGUGUGCCAUAGCUGCCACCUCAUUGGACCACCGAGACGCCAACUGCAGCGUCAUGAAGUUUGUCCGAGACCUCAUCCACACCGGAGUCGCCAACGAUCACGAGGAGGACUUUGAGGUGAGGAAGCAGCUGAUUGGUCAGGCCAUGGAGCAGCACGGUCAGCAGCUUGUCACUCAGCUGAUGCACUCGUGUUGUUUCUGUCUGCCGCCGUACACGCUGCCCGACGUUGCCGAGGUGCUGUGGGAGGUCAUGGUGUUCGACAGACCUACAUUCUGUCGCUGGUUAGAAAACGCUCUGAAAGGUUUACCGAAGGAGACGUCAGGAGGAGCCGUGACUGUCACUCACAAACAGCUGACUGACUUCCACAAACAGGUCACCAGUGCUGAGGAGUGUAAACAGGUGUGCUGGGCCAUCAGAGAGUUCACCAGACUGUUCCGAUAGCUGCAACCUUCACACGACAACACCAGGUUAAAUCUUUUGUUGUCUAAAAUUCAGAGGUGACGGCAAAAAGCUGCGACUGCAGACGAGGAUCCAAAGGGACGAGAUGAAGAUGAUGAAGAUGGAGGAGGGACUUUGAAUGUGAAACUGGACGAACCACUCUGAAGGACUGACAGAGUGAAGACUGAUUGGAAAGACUGAGUCCUCCAACCCGACCCCUGACCUCACCUGACCUCACCUGCAGCAGGUGUCAGGUGGGCGGGGUCGGGUCCAGCAGGUGGGCGGGGUCAGGACUAGGAGGAGUUCACUAAGUGAACUGAUGCGGAUCAGUCCUGUUGGAUCUUCAUCAGUAAUCAAUCGUAGGACGUGCCUGGUCAACAGUUUUUAAGAGAAGAUUUAUUUUUGGGACUUUGGUCGUGAUGUUUUUUGUCCGUGCCAUACAAAGAGCCAAAAGAUUUCCCAUGAUGCUCUUGGCUGAGCGGCUGCCUGUGGAGGCUGAAUGGUGGAGGAUUUGGCGUCACCUUUGACCUUUUUAACUUUGGUUGAAUUUUAGUUGUUUUUCCACAAAGUGAGACAGAGUGAACUCUGGGUAAUGAGACGGAGAGACUGACACCAUGACAUCAUUGGUGAUGUAGCCUUGUUGUAAACAAUAAAAAAAACAACUGAAACAACAAA